CCUCCACAUUUUCUCAAAGUUUACAUGUAAAUGUCGUGCUUGUAAUGGGAAAAAUUCCUAAAAAUUUCUAGUAACACGUACUCAAUUAUCAUUUACUCGAAACCAAUGAUUCAUCACUUACUUUGAAUUCGAUAUUCAAUCAUAAAUAAAGCAUGAGAGCUUUCAGCCUGAUUCCCAAAUUUUAUUUUUCCCAAUUUUCUCUGUUAAAAUCAAUGAAGAUCCUCUAGUUACCCAAACUGGGAGAUCCCACAGUUUAAACCAAUCCCGUGCGGGGCCCCACUGGGGCACUGAAUUCCACGUGGCGCGGAACGCCACGAGCUCAAGCAUUUGUCGUGACACGUGGACCAACCUCCUUCAGUCCACUCCACAGUCCUCCUCACUUUCCCAACAAAAUCACACUUCCCCACGACGGACCCCACCCUUGGCCCCGCCGCAGGCUCUCUCUCUCUCUCACAGUUUCACUCUUCAAGUCUCACGUGCACUGGGACGCGUGUCAUCAUCUCGGCGCUUUACAAGUCAAUUCAUCUACGGAAUCCGACGGCGCACGUUUCUCGCUUCUGGUCUAUAAAUAAUAAAGUCAUAUAGCCAACCGGAAUUCAUUGCUCAAUUAAUUAAAUCAAUGCGUAAGAGCUUUGUAAGAGAAAUCAAAUACUUUUCUUCCGUUGACUAUGAAAGCUGUAAUCUUGAGAUCCGGUUCCGGCACAAUUCCGGCCGGUAACUGGGCGGCUUCGAAUUCACCUAAGAUGUCAGUUUCACUGCCGGUUCAAGAAUCCGGCGGGUUUGAGAAAAAGAGGGUGUGUUCUUCGUCGAGCAUUUCGCUUCAGGUGGAAUUCAAUCGCCGGAGUAUCCGUCGGGCUUCUUCAGAGCCCGAUAUCAUUCGAUCGGCAUACGCUGAAGGAUCGAAGCCGUUGAGAAAAUUCGGAUCGCGGUCUUUUAUUUCCCGGGUCCCGGAGGAGGAGGCGGAGGAGGUUGUUAGUAUUGGAUCGUUGACCUUGGCGGAGAAACCUCAGAGCUGGUCAGGAUUCCCCGGAGGAGAUUGUUCGCAGGGCGCCAUUCCGAUUGAGGAGCUGGGAUUUUCUGGAGGUGGGUUCGGUAGGAACUGGAACUCCGGCGGUGGGAGUGGAGACGAUCAGUACAGCGCCGGCGACUUUGCUGAUCGGAGAAGAAUUGGGGCGUAUUACUUGGAAAUGUUGAAGUCCGACCCCAAUAAUCCCCUGCUUCUCAGAAACUACGGCAAAUACUUGCACGAGGUUGAGAGAGACAUGGUUAGAGCGCAGGAGUAUUACGGAAGGGCAAUUUUGGCCAGCCCUGGAGACGGGGAGGUCUUGUCUUUAUACGGCAAGUUGAUAUGGGAGACUGAAAGAGAUUCCCUGAGAGCCAAAUCGUACUUAGAUCAAGCGGUGGAAGCUUCACCGGAGGAUUGCAUGGUGUUGGGAUCAUAUGCACAUUUCAUGUGGGAAGCUGAAGAUGAAGAAGAAGACGAGGAGGACGACGGUGAGCAGAGAGCUCCCCUGUCUCCGGCAACAAUGGUUGAAGCCUUUUAACUUACUUUAAUUAAGGUUUAUCAAAAUAUCCAACUGUACAUAUCAAGAACAUAGUAAUACUACUAACAGUAUCUUGAUGAUAUUUUACUGAUAAGAUGUUAGAUGAAAAUAAUGAUGAACAAAAAGCUUUGAGGCAGAGAAUAGGUUUCUGAUUUCAGUGCGGCAAGAGAAUAAAGGAAGUAUAGUUUUGUCUGAUGGGAAAAUGUCAUGGGAGAAAAAUCUGGAGGUUUUUUGUUGUAUGUGAACUUUCUAAUAGAGACAUUAUGUUGAUAGAUUAACCACUUCUUUCUGUGUUUGGUUUCUGGUUUAGCUUGUUUUCCUUUCUUAUCAUGGCAAAAACAAUUGACCUUUCUUCAUAAUUGUUGUGAUUGUGAUUUUAAUGGGACCUCUUCCCUUGAUUCUUCAUUUGAAAGAAAAGGAGG